AUGACUGCUAUUAAGAACUACAUUGUAUCGUCAUUUUCAUCGGUAUUCAAUGAUAUCAAUCCGUCCACACUUACCGGUGCCAUUGAUGUUAUUGUUGUCAAGCAGGAGGAUGGAACGCUUCGUUGUACACCAUUUCAUGUUCGUUUCGGUAAACUAGGUGUUCUUCGCAAUCAACGAAAUAAGGUUUACGUGAUGAUUAAUGGUAAACUUGUUGAAGAUCUUUAUAUGGAAUUGGGUCCAGCUGGAGAAGCAGUAUUCAUUGAAGAAGAAUUAACUGCAACAAGUCUUCCACCAGUUCGUCAUUUAGAACCGUCGAAUACAAAUACUUGUCUUGAUCCUGAUAAUGCUUUGACCAAUGAUGGUCAUCUGCAAUUAUCCAAUAUUGAUUGUUCUCCUCAAAUUAUCAAUAAACAACUUGACGAACAAAACGCGCGUAAUAAUCAUGAACCAGUGGCAAAAUAUGCCUAUGAAAACCAAGUGGUGCCAUCGGUGGAAGUUGAUACUUUAAAUUCUAACACGACGGCAACGUCAAAUCGUCGUCGAACAAAACGACGACCACUGAAUCGCAAUGAGCAAAUCAAUAAGUCGUCAGGUGAAGACAACGACGACGAACAAGAUCCGGAAAUACAAAGUAUGCUGUCAUUAGGUAAACGUCGAUCACGUGUACGACAACGUGAUCUAACGCCUGUAUCACUGAAUGACCAGAAUAACGGUAAUGAGUGCACUGAUUCAACUCUGCCUAUUGUUCGAAGACGAAGUGCAAGUGAAAAUGAUUUACCGUGCUUUCAAAUUGAUGACGAAAAACAAUCCGAAUCAUCUACGCCGUUUGUCGAUGCGCACAGUCGCAUGAAUAGUAUCGAUAGUCGAAAAAAACUAUUGAUCAUCCCGCCCAAAGUGUCAAUCACGUCGAGUCAUGAUCACGAUCACGAUGAUGAAAGUUAUAGCAGCAGCCAAGAAGAUAGCGCCGCCGAUGAGGAUUUUCAACAAAAAACCAAACGAACGCUAUCCAAUCCAAUACCAAUUGAACAAAAAGCAGCAGUCGAUGAUGAUUCCUUAACUCCUCAUAAUCAAUCAGGUUCAUUGAUAGAGGCAAUGUUCUCUCAAUCGGCACCCUUAGCAAACAAUAAUAUCAACACCGUGCCAAUUCGUAUCAGUCAAUCGAUUGAUCCGAAAUCAUAUUACAUGAAUGAGGACUAUACUCCACCAUCGUCAUUUGAGAGUACGACACCCCCGCGGCCAACAAGUCCGAAAUCUGAUACCGAAUACGAACUCGAUAAACCAUCUCAGCCAUCGACUAAAAAAUCGUCAACAUACUUUGGUUGGCGAUGGAAAUGGGGAAAACUACCAAAAGGACCAAGCGUACUUCGGUAUUUUUGGCCAUCGUCAUCGUCAACAUCAGCACAAAAAACAGCGCCCAAUGAAGGUGUCUAUCUUGAAGAUAUAACAAGUAACAAAUGUGAUGAUCGAUCGCGUUAUUUGCCAGAAUUAGACUUUCAACAAAGUCAACAAAGAUAUUCCUUAGAUGAUGAUCAAGAAUCAGGAACUGGAAAUUCGAUCCCACAUUCACCAGUUCGAGACUACGAAGCUUCCUGCCUUCUUGGUGAUGUUCAAGUUUCGCUCUGUGGGAAUAUAAAUCAAUCAACAUCGAUCACCGACGAUAUAUUUGAUGCGCAUCUUGUUCCAUAUGACACAUUUGCAAGUAAUCCAUCGAUUAUCAACGACCCUAAUUUGGUCGUACGUAUCGCUGGAAAGUAUUACAAUUGGGAAGUAGCUUCAGCAUUGAUUGCUUCAACUAGUAUUUAUCAUAAACAUCUGCCGGAGGAAGCGGUGGAAAGUUUGCAAGACAAACACAUGGGACAAGCAAAAUCGCAAACAAGUAGCAGCACUGCUAGUACAUGGUGGUUAUUUUCGGGUCGAAAGAAUGACGCUGCAACCGAUACCAACGCCGCUGCUGCUGAAGCACUCGCAUUGGCAGUCAAAUCGGAAGUCGUUCCUCCGAUAUUGAAAGCUGACAAUUUAGCUCGAACAAAGUCAAAAGACAGUGAACAGGAAGAUAAUGAAGUGAAGAACAUAACAGAUAGAAUCGAACAACGUCAACACCAAACAGUGCCAUCCUCAACAAAAACGCCGAGAAAAACCAUGAUCUUGUCAUCUGAUCAAUUGAAACGAUUGAAUCUUAGAUCAGGCAGUAAUCACGUCGAAUUUAGUGUGACAACAGCUUUUCAAGGUACAACUAUUGUCGAAGCAAACAUCUUCCUCUUUGAUCAAAUGACAAAAUUCGUCAUAUCGGAUAUCGAUGGUACUAUAACAAAAUCGGAUGUCUUUGGUCAAAUUUUACCAUUGGUUGGUCAACCAUGGUAUCAUGAAGGUACCGCGGAGUUCUUCCAAGCAAUUCAAGAAAAUGGAUAUCAGUUUAUCUAUCUAUCAGCGCGUGCUAUUGGACAAAGUAGUGCCACACGAAACUUUCUUCGUAAUAUCAGUCAACGUGGUAGUUCGCUACCAAUCGGCCCAUUACUAAUCUCUCCAGAUACUUUAAUCACGGCAUUCUAUCGAGAAGUGAUUGCGAAGAAACCAGAAGAAUUUAAAAUCGAGUGUUUGAAAAACAUUGCUAGUCUAUUUCCUAACAAAAAUCCGUUUUACGCUGGUUUCGGCAAUCGAAUCAAUGAUCAAUGGUCGUAUACAGCUGUUGGCAUCCCGGUGUCACGUAUAUUCACAAUUAAUCCCAGUGGUGAAGUUCUUCGACAAAAAAUCUCUCAAGUUUUGUCCACUUCAUACAAAAACUUGCAUGAAGUUGUUGAUCAAGUCUUUCCUCCGAUGGAUUCGUUCUCUGCAAGUGAAACGUAUUCAUCAUUUACAUUCUGGCGUAAUGAACCUGCGAUAGAUUCAUUAGACGAAGAAAUGCGUCAACACCUAGCAGAAAUGAAUCGUCCGCAGAAGUCGAAAGGUAAAGUUCCAAAAACGGGUGUUCUACCAAAGACAACUCCAGUAACAACAGUGAUAAAACCAGGAGGUGAAAAAGUAUUAACAAUAGCUCAAGCAACCGAAAAUACAGUGAAAAAGCCAUAG